GUCGACCGAGUCUGAAGGAGGAAUGAAACCAGAACUGCUAAAUAUCGCUGUCCUGCUGCUCCGGCGCGCUCUGAUGACGCGGGUGUUUCUCUGCUUAAGCACGCCGGCACGUGAUCCGUUUACAGCACACCCUGGCCGCGCUCUUGACCGGCCCAGAGCGGCCGACUGCCUUUCUUACUUUUAUUUAAACUCGUCGUGAUUUCCUGCGGAUCUUCCAGCUCCAUAAAACUCUUCUGCUUACCGAAUUAUCGAUGUCGGCGUCAUGGCAACACUACAUGUUACUACGAUCGACUUGACGGGUGAUAAUAUCGAGAACUGCUGGUUUUGUCACGAAGUGGUAUCAGAAGGAGGGCAGUCCCGGACUAGGUAUCUCCUUGAAGUUCCUGCUGAAGAAUCUGGCUAUGUCAUUUGCGCGGAUUGUACCAACGUUUUGCCAGGCUCCAACCCACUGGAGACAGUGAAACUCUAUGGUGACAGAGACUGUCCAAUCUGUUGGGAGGAAAGAGCUCUGGUGGCGGUCUCAUGCGGCCAUACCUUCUGUGAGAGUUGCAUUCGUAAAGCCUCUGUUUGCCCAAUCUGUCGCUCCCAGUCGCUGCGAGGAAAACGGCACAUUCGCGUUACCCGCUGUGGUGUGGCCAGAUGUUUACCGCAUCCGACCGUUUCGCCCACUCCGCCCGCUCGUCCUCCAGGAACAACUGGCUCAACCAACAUUUUCCGUGUCGGUGAAUUGGUUUGGUACAGGCACACUACUACAUGGCGUCUAGGGGUGGUUCUCUCCAUCACAACGAGGCCCGACACAACCGCAGGUCAUUACGCAACAGACUCCCGGUACGAUUUUACUCUCGCCCCGCUGGGCCACGCCAUGAUUGCACAAGCAAACGUGGUAGAAGACUGCCAGUCCAUGCGGCCGUUUCUGACCUACUUGAUCCCGCCUCUCAUGAACCAGCUCAAGGAUUUCACGUUCGAUAUGGUCGACUGGGAAGUCGUAAUAACUCGCUGCAUGGAGAUUCCCGACGUCAGGAGCAGGGCCAGGGCGCUUCAACAUUACAGCAUUGAAGCCUCAAAGCUGGCCGCCCGUGCUAUCAACGCUUCUUACUCCACCUACGGCCUGUCCUCCGAGGACGCCACUGUCGACGCCACGCUCCGUACUAAGACCUAUGAGGGAGUCUACCUUGGCGCCGAAAUGAUCCGCGUCGGUGACCCUGUCCGCGUCAACACCACCAUCGCCUCCCAAGCCGGGCUAAGGUCAAUGACCAGUAGCCCCACCUUGGUAAUGCUAGUCAAGGAAAUCCAGCUUGUCGAAACAUUUCAACAACAACCUUGCUCCACUCUAUACUUUAGAGGCGACGUCUACUGCACCAUCCGUUCCACCCUGACCCAGCCCUUUCCGCCGGGUACGGUUCGCGCCGGGACGCUCGGCCCGGCGUUUGUUGAGGAGCUCACGACGCUCAACACCAUUGAGACAGAUCGGUCGAUGCGGUGGAGCUGGGUGAUGGUUGAGAGCCAGAAGUUGUGCUGCGAGACCGACGUUCAGGGACGGUUUUAUGUCACUGAGAAGCUGAUGAGAAUCAUUGCACCAGAGAGGUACGAGAUGUGGGUCGAGAAUGGGCGGCUUGGUGAGACGCCCUUGAGCGAUAGGGGGAAGCUCUUGGCAGGUCGGCACCCAGAGCGGCGGCCAGGGAGGGCGGCUGCUUUGGGAGAGGCGGUCUCGGUUCAGUUCAGGCCUCCACAUGGGAUGACUGAGGACUAAUCAGGCCAUUUAUCGGCAGAUCUACGUGGUACCGAUGUCAAUGCAGUGGAGAACGAAUCGUUAACGUUAUAGUAUAUAAACAUAUCGGAGCCUACAGUUCAAAAUGAGAAUCGGGCGAAGCAAGCUCUGCCUCGCCUUAGCUGUUCCCCG